AGUUGUACCCGGCCAGGGCGGGGCGGGCGUUGCUGGGAGGCGGAGGGUUGCGCGGCCGCGAGUCCUGAGUGAUCGCGAGCACGUGUGCGUGCGCGUGUUUAUCUGAGGGUCGUGCAGCCGCCGCCCCUUCUUCGUCCUUUUCCUGGUUCCACUGCCUAAGGGUGGGAAACCGGCGCCAGAGGCGGCACAGUUGGCCCGCAGCCGGCCCGCUCUUCCCCGCCCAGCCUGCGCCCCCAAAGCGCCCCCUUUCUCCGUCCUCACAAAGGGGACUAGUCCGCCCGCCCCCGGCCCUGGCCUUGAGGGAGCGCUGUGGGGGCGGGCUGCCUUCUGCCUGGAAGUGUUGGGCAGGUAGUGGGAGAGCUUCAGGCUUGAACAACAGGAUUUUAAAGCACGUGUCUGUCUGUCGUUUUUUACUUUUAGGGUUUUGGCCAAAUUGGGCGAGGGCACAUAAUAACCACUUACCCCUUCUCACCGAGGAAGAGCGGGAGAAAGGGUGAAAAUAUUUUUGCAUUUCUUUGUUGGUAUUCUCAGCCGCCUUUAACAGUGGAAAGUCUUGAAGCCACCAAAUGAGACUUUUGCUUUAAUUGGGAGAAAACUUGCUCUUGGUUGGAUCAAAACCUUCAUUACUGGGGAAAAUUGUAUAUGAACCAGCGUAGCUUUCACAUAAUACUGAUGUCAUUUUCCUACAUAUGAGCUAAUUUACAUUAAGAAAUAUCUACUGUAGCAGAAUAGACUGUAAUGUUAAUUUUGUUUUAGUAUAUAAAGAUACUAAAUACCUAUUUCUGAAGAUUUAAUUAAUAUGGAAAAAUAUAAAAACUAAAGUAAAAUUCCUUUGAUUGCAAAUAAAUACUGUCAUCAUUUUGGUUUAUGUUCUUAUUACUUGACCUCUUUCUAUGAUGAUAAUGGUAAUAAGGAUGACAAUGAGGAUGAUGCUGUGUGUGUAUAAAAUUUCACAUAAAUGGGUUCAUAUUAUACAUGCAAUCUUCCAACUUUUUUGGAAACAGAAUCUCAAGCAAUAUAACUAUAUAUUGUCCUUUUUAAUGAUUGCAAAUUAUUCUACUGUAUGCAUGCCAUGAUUUAUUUACAUAUUUGUGGACAUUUGGUUGUUUUCAGUUAUUCACUGUAAUAAAAAUGGUAUAUUGAAAAUCCUUGAUCAUAUCUUUGCAUCCAUAAAAGAAAUUCUGGGAUGGUGUUUCUGCAUCAGAAGGUGUAUUCAUGUAACAUUUUGGCACAUAUUGCCAUAUUAUAUUUGUCAGUUUGAUAGACUAAAGUGAUACUUUGUUUUUAUUUAUAUUCAUUUUAUUAUUAGCGUGUUUGCAUGUCUUUUUAUGUCUUUGUAUACUGUCCAUAUUUUGUUUCAGUGAAAUACUUUUCAUAAAUUUUAUUCCCCUUUCUCUCAGAACUUUUGUCUUUUUUCUUACACUGUAUAAGAAUUGUGGGCGUGGGGAAGAACAAAAAUUAAAAAAAAAUUGUAUAAUUUUAGAGAUAUUGAGCCUUCAUGAUUAAUAAAUGUUAUAAUUUUUUAUAUCCUGCUGAUUGUCUUUAAACCUUAUUUAUGGUAUGUUUUGAUUUUUUGUAAUGAGAUCUAUCGGUAUUUGUCCUUUAUGUUUUUGGGGUUUUGUAAAAUGUUCAGAAAGGCCUCUUUCCAAACUUAAAAGACUGUUGCCUUUAUUUUCUUUUAUAUUUUUAUAUUUCUAUUUGUUACAUUUAAUGUUUGACUUAUCUGGAAUUAAUUUUCUUAUAAUGAAUUUAAUAAAUAUCCACCUUUGAUUUUAUUCUCCCUCCAAAUUGUAGCUAGUUGUUUCAACAUAACUUGUUAAUUCAACUUCUUCUCUUCCCAAUAUGAAUGUCAACUUAAUCAAAUACCAAAUUUCUUUGUGUCCUUGGAUAUUUUUGUGCAUUUAGUAUUGUAUUAGUUAUUUCUGCAAAACAACCACCAAAAUCGGUGGCUUAACAUAUUUAUUAUCCCACACAGUUUCCAUGAGUCAUCAGAAAUUUAGGAGUCGCUCAGCUUUGUAGUUUAGAUUCAGUGUUUCUCUUAAGGUUGAAGUUAAGAUUUCAUCUCUAGCCACAGUCAUUAAAAGGCUUAAUGGAGGCUGGAGAGACUGCCUUGAAAGUGGCUCACUUGCUGGGUGGUGAGUGGGUGUGGUUGUUGGUUCAGUUCCUCUCCAUGGACUUCUGCCAGGGCCAGCUUCUCUCAUGAUCGGGUGAGCUGGUUUGCCUAAAAGUAAUGACCUGAGAGAGAGGAGAAAGAGCCUGGGAGAAGCUAUUCUUUUUACAACGAGCCUCAGAAGUCACAUACCAUCACUUAUGUCACAUUUUGUUUGCGAGAAGCAGGUCACUAAGUCCGACUCGUGCUUAAGGGAAGGGGAAUUAGGUUUCACAUUAUGAAGAAUGUACCUGUUAAAUAAUUAGUAAACAUUUUGAAACUACUUCCGCUUCCUUUGGUUUCAUUUCUAUAUUUGUCUGCUUCUGCGCUAAUAUCAUACCUUUUAAUACAUUGCUUCUUUUAAAGAGUCUUAUAUCAAACUAAUAGGAUGUCACAUAAUGCCAUGCUCUACUGUGUUUGGCAGCUGUUAGCUUUUACUGGUCAAGUAUCUGAAAGUAGAUAUACCAAAUAAUAUUGAUAAUAAGCUGGUGACAUUUUAGGUUGCUUUCUUUCUCCAAUUUCUCAUGCUUCUUUGGAAUCAUGUAGUAAAGAUCAUUGUAUUUCAUUGCAGAUGCCUGCCUAUAACACAUUUAAAAAAAUUGUUUUAUACUAUUUCAUGCUUCCAUGAGUAAUUUUGAAUGUUUUGAUUGGCAGAUACAUAGUAACUUAAGGGUAUUACAUGUUGAUUAAAUUUCACAGGUAUCUUAAAAACAGUGUCUCUAAUUUAUAGGCAAGUAUGCAAAAAUCAAAACAAGGCAUGUAAGUGUGGAGAAUAAUCUAAAUAAGAUCACAGUUCCAUAUGCUGCAAUACUCACCAGAGGCUCAUUAUAAUCCCUGGACUUUUUGUGCAGCAGACACCUGAGUCUGGGUAGUGCUGCGCUCCAUCUGCCUUUAUCUCCAGGGCACUCAGGAUAAGCUGCUUUGUACUCUGACCUCUUGGCUGUUUUUAUUUAUACAUUUAUUUUUCCUUUUUUUUUUGAACAUAUGCUACCAACUUGGCGUUUGUUGCCAUUUCAACAAGUGUGUAUAUGUAUUUGUGUGUACACUUAUAAGCUAAAAGGACCAUAAGCACUCAUUCCAAAGGAGUUUAUUUUUGUUGCUUUCAUCUUAAAUUGCAUAAAUCUUUUCCUCUGGCUUGCAUCUUCAGGACCGAGCCUGCACCAUUGCUGUUUGAGCUCCCCAUGGACUUGCAGCUGCCAUACAUGGGCUGCAGGCACCCUUCCAAAUCUUUAAGCUGUAAUCUGAACAGAUUUUAUUUUUGACAGACUAAUCAGAGCCUCAAUGUGCUUCCCUGAUGGGGGAGCCUGUGUUUCUAAUUUUUUGUAUUUAUCAUUUUGUAAAGAGUAGUAAUAGUCCCUGGGCUAGCUAUAAGUUUGCAGGUUAAAUUGUAUUUUUCAUUCCUACUUUUUUGUGACUUUCUCUUUCCAUCUUUGUCCCUUGGGGUCUAGUGGCCUGGUUGUUUUGAGAAGCCCUCCUUCUCCUUACUGCCAACCCUGAAAAGCCAUGUUGUAGGUAUGAUUUGAGUUGAUGUGGCAUUCUAAAGGCAUUUGCAUUCUAAAGAAAGCAAUAUAUUUGAGGCAUGAAGGGUAGGGAUCAGGACACCAUUUUCAUGAGACCCAGAAACCAAGUUCUUUAAAACAGUUUUUCAAUUUUGCUUAUUGUUAAGCCUUAAUAAGACCCUUGUGCCAUUCUAAAAUAAGACAGAAGUAGGGCUGCUAUGUAAGAGGACUGAAUAUGAAGCAAUGUUAGAUAAUAGGAAAAAAUGUGAGGUAGCAAAGUAGACAAGGAACAGCAAAGCUUGAUACUUGGAUGACUGCUUCAGAAACUGGCUGUCACAUGGUUGCUAGUGAUAUUUUUCCAUUAUUCAUGUUAUUGCCUAAUGCCCACUUUCUAACAUUUUGUUUAUUUUGUACAUUUCUUUUUUUUAGGUUCUGAGUGUUACUAACUUUUUCUUAUUUCCCCUGUCUUACUUCUUCUAAGUUUUGAUUUUCGAAAGGUUCUUGAGAUUUUUUUUCUAAAAAGAAUGCUUUUUCCAUUUAUAGGCUUUCUUAAUUUUUUUAAAGCCGAUUUUGAACACAGCCCAAAUGUCAACUAAUGCAGUAUUUUCUUCUUAGCUACUCAGUAUGGCACAGUCGCAAGCGUGGGUGAAAAGAUACCUCAAGGCCUUUUGUAAAGGCUUCUUUGUGGCAGUGCCUGUGGCAGUGACUUUCUUGGAUCGGGUCGCCUGUGUGGCAAGAGUGGAAGGAGCAUCAAUGCAGCCUUCUUUGAAUCCUGGGGGGAGCCAGUCAUCUGAUGUGGUGCUUUUGAACCACUGGAAAGUGAGGAAUUUUGAAGUACACCGUGGUGACAUUGUAUCAUUGGUGUCUCCUAAAAACCCAGAACAGAAGAUCAUUAAGAGAGUGAUUGCUCUUGAAGGAGAUAUUGUCAGGUUUCUCUGGGACUUCUGCAUGCCCAUGCCACACAUAUCCUGUGGCCCCCAGAGCGCUGGCAGAAAUUGGAAUCUGUUCUUCCUCCAGAGCGCUUACCAGUACGGAUUCAAGAGGAUUGACUGCAUGGAUCUACCUGAGUUGCUGGCAAUGGGAGGCCAGUUGCUGGAGAGGAAUGGAAAAAAGAAACCUCCAAAAGGGAAAAACUUCCAACCAUACGCUGCUGUGCAAGAAUUAUUUAUAGCACAUUAGGAUGAUCUGUAUUAUUAAAUAAAUAGUUUUCAAACAUUAAACAGUAUUAAAUGGCACCUGUUUUGUGUUAAAUUGUAGUAACCUGUUGUUUAAUGCUCCCAAAAUAUGCAGACCUUAGGGAAUAUAAAAACAUUGUACCCACAUGUCUUAAUGGGGCUAAAUUUCAGAUUAUUUGUUACCUAUACUUAUUAUAUUGAUUGUUGGGUUUUGAUUCUGGUGCUUGCUGCUGAAAUAAAUUGAAAAUUAAUAUUCAAUAAAAAUGA